AUGGAGUGCUUCAAGCACUUUGUGCACGACUGGACAGAGUGCCCCUAUGCGCACCCACACGAGAAGGCGCGGCGCCGCGACCCGCGCCGCUACACCUACACAGGCAUCGUCUGCCCCUCCAUGCGCCAGGACCACCGGCGUGUGAUCCAGCAGGUGACGCUCCUGCUGGAGCGGGGGGACCUCGGCCCCGAGGCGUCUGCCGCCAUUCUGCAGCGCCUGCUGCCGCCAGAGGCGCUGUACAGCAUGCAGCUGGCCAGCCGGGCGGACCCGCUGCUGGUGCCGGCGCCGCGGCUGAGCGCAGACCGCAUCUCUGCCUGCCCGCCAGCUGGGCCCCGCAGCAGCGGAGGCCCCGGGCACCUUGCCGCGCCGGUGCAGCUGUCGGCACCAGCGCGGCUGGCGGUGCCGGCAGGGCUGUCGGCGCGGCCGACACCGCAGCAUGCAUCCGCAGACUGCCUGCUGUCGCUGCACAGCCACAUCCAGUCUCCCUCGCACCGCAUGUCGCGCAGCGCGGCGGGCAGGCUGUUUGCGCUGCCACACGGAUACGCCUCUGUGGUGGCCUGGAGCGCACGCUCGAGCCUCGACUCAGACCGCUCCAGCAUGGAUUUUACUUCCUGGCGCAGCAGCGGCAACUCCGCUGGCGCGGCGGAGGCCGGCCUGGACGCCCGCUGCUGCUAG